AUGGCUUUUCACGACAGCUCUCCCACCGGGAUAGUAGAGACCGACUCUACCUACCUCGCUCUUCAAACCCCAGCACAACGUUCCUUGGCUCUCAAAAUCAAACGAUACGCGGGUCAAUUUCCCUGGGAGAUUGUACCGCUCUGUGAUGAAACGACGUGGACUCAGGGGCUCCUCGACAAGUUCAUCGAGCUCAUCGCCAAAAACUUCUCGGGCCAGCUUAGCAACUUAGACACGAGAAAGUUGCGAUCUAUCUUGAUGAACAGCGUUGAAAGAAAGGAUCCUGAUAAACGACGUACUCUCGUGCAAAGCGAUGUCGCCUUUGCUCUUACCGAAAUGAAGAAAUCAGAGUCACAGCAUGAGAACAAAACACCCAAGUCGACUAGGAAGACGCGCGUUUCCUCCAUAAGCCAGACAGCGCGCGGGUCUGCAAAGCGUGCUCGAGUCGAAGAAGAAAGCCCUCGCGCUACUGUGACGCGUUCAUCCAAACGAUUGAGAGGAGAGGUUUCAACUGACGUGCCUCGACUCUCCCCCGAAACUCCAGUCACCAGACGGAAUACACGCCGUAGCCAAGCUGUUGCGGUGGUCGAUGACACGGCUGUGAAUGGCAAUGCCGCAGAGGACGCUCAGCAGGACGACGAUCAGACGGAUGAAGAACCACAGGCUGAUCCAGUUGAUGAAGAGCUUCAGAAAUCCGCAAGGCAGUAUGAUUCACCAACUGAGUAUCACGACGUCGAGGAGAGCAUUCUUGACACCGCCCCAACACCAACGCCAGGCCCCGAUGAGCUUGACCAACCCUUGGCGAGAAAGAUUCAGGUAGCAGAACUCGAAAUGACCGAUGAAGAGAUCGGCAACCGGUUCCGCCACAACCUAUCUCUCAUCGCCACCAGACUACAGAAUGCCAGAGACCGAAAGUUAGCUGAACUCGACGCCAUCUGUGACAGCGCAAGCCGUGUCUAUGAAGAAGCCUGCAAGAUAGUCGACGACCAACUAGCAAGACUCGAGGAUCUUCGUGCGGUUCACAGCAGGGCUACAGAAACCUUUGAAAAAGCGCGCAUGAAAUUCGAUAACACCGCUACGGCGAUCAAACUGCUCGAGGAAGCCGAGACCGAUGGCGACAGCAUGGCUGAAGUCACAGGGCCGCUAGAGCAGGUCCUCGAAAAGACUCUCAUAAGCUACCAGGAGGCCGAGGCCGAGCAAGAUUCUGCUGUUGAAGAGAUGGCAAAAAGUCUCAAGACUAUUGAAGAGGGCAAGGAAUCAAUCGACGAUGCAAACGCCAAACUUGAGGAGGCGGAUAAGCUGAGAACCAUGUUCAAGCAAGACCAGCUCCAACAGCGCAAAAUCAAGUGUACUAUUACCAUGGAGACGGAUGUACGGGACGAUGACGGGAACCUAUUUGGAGACUUGACUUUUGGAUUUAAUGCUGCCGUGCGUCAGCGAAGGGAUGAUGAAGAGUCGGAAUAA